AUGAUGAAACACUUUCCAACAAACAACUUGUUGCUAUUAGGCCCAUUGUUUGUCAUAUGUACUGAUUUUGCAGUUACAAAGUUUUCACAGAGCGGUGGACCCAAGAAGUUAGCAAGAUCAGGAGGCUACCAGUCCUUAUCACCAUCGUCAUCCACAUCAUCAAACUCACCUAUAUUCACAUCCUCAUACAAUCCCCGUGCUUACAGGUCGAGUUGGGUACAGGAUUGGGAAAACCCACGUGACGACUGA